CUUGAGUGUGUCGCAGAUUCUCGUUUUUCAGCUCCUGAACGGCCCUCCCGCAGAACCCUACGUCGUGCAUCGACUAGCUUCAGCGUGUGGAACUCGGACUCGAGAGAUUGUCUUUCGCAAAGCUGCAACGGAAAAGCCCUUCCUGCAGCGAAGUAAAGUGAAAAGUGAUGCCUUAAUCCAGUUCUGGUCUUCGUUUUGGGAUUGUUUCUCGAUUUGCGGUGAAUGUCGCAUCUCUGGCCACAUUCUUGCUUACGUUUCGCGUAUAUACGCAAACACUCCGGGAUUCGAGCAAUCUUUUCUCCCGAUGGGGUCGAGGCGUGUCUUGCACUUUCCUUUGAUGUGCGCACCGCCAGUUUCCGACAAGAUUUGUUAAAAGCGACCGCUUUCCACCCGCGAAUCUCCUUCCUUUCUCCAUUUUUGUCUUUCUUACCAGCAAAAGAGGAUCUCACGGGAGAUGGCGGCCGACGCCGUGGACACGUCGCAGUCUGCGGCGGCUCUGCCAGUCGGCGAACCUGGAAGUCUUGUCGCUUUUUCUAAAAACCGAUUUUCUGAGAGGCAGUCCUCUCUCACGACGGACGGCAGCGGCGCUGAAAAAGCCUCGCAAAGUGACUUUCUUCCGAGCGAGGAGUCCACAGUGGAUCUUCUAGGCUGCUCUCGCUGCGCGUCGCUUACCUCUGAAAACGAUUCGUUUCUCUGCAAAAACGAGGAAACAUGCGCUUACCAAUCGAGAGAAGACGCAUCUCAGCGGGGGGAGACUCCCAAACGCUCGUUUCGGCCACUUUCGACUAACGAAGAGGGAGAAAUUUCUCCAAGCUCACCCGCCGCCGAGACAGAGCCUUCAACUUCCGCGCCGCAAUGCCCCGACGCAUCUGUUCCUCAUUUACCGUCAGAAGCGUCCUCAACAUCUCUCAACACACUCCAGACGCAUGCUAUGACUGCAGACGAGUGUACGACCGUGAAGGGCGCACAGGCUACUGAGAACAUCGAACUUUUUAGUGAACGGGGAGGGCGCCUCUCGUCGGCGCGGCGCUCCAGCUCGCAAAGGCCACGAGCUAACUGGUUAACUGAAACUCUAAAAAUUCAGGAUGGAACGGGGAGUUCUUUCCGCGCUGCGAGUCUCGACGGAAAGUCGGCUCCAAGGAACACAGAGGCUGAAAGCGACAGGCCUCGUGGUCGGUGGAUCGGGGACUUGCCGGAGUCCGUAACACCGACAAAUUUCCAGGGCAGCGACCUAACCAAUGCGCCCAGAGAAGUUCCGAGAAAACAUACUUUCGCGCGAAGUGCUCAAGUGGAAGACUUUCAGAAACAACUGGUUGACGGAAAACAGCAGCUCGUGAAGGCCGAGCUGGAAGUGGCGACUGUCGAGGACUCUGCGCAGAAGGGCGAGGCAGAAACAAACAACUCCGCAUUUUCUCAGAAGAAAUGCGAGGCAUCGUCAAAAGAAAAAGACGCAAACUGCAUGCGCGAAGAAAUUCACCGACUGAAGAACGAACUGCGGAUUGCAAACAGCACUGCUGAUUUUCUUCAAAAAGCUCUGCGAGAUCGCAGCACCCGGGAGAUAGAAAUGAAGAACCACAUCGUGGCGUUGACUGCCGUGAACAAAGACCUUCAGAAACAGGCAAAAGCACUGACUCGCAUGCUUUCCCGAGUCAAGGGGAGAACUUCCAGAGCGCAGUCAGGUGGAGUAGCAACUGAGUCGGAGUCUGAAGAGAAAGGCAGCAGCGGCGACAGAAACCCGCCCCGUGAACUACCGCCGACCUCUAGCACCGACCCCUCUGAGGCGGAGUCCGUUCGCGAGUCGCAGCGUCCAGGAUACUCCCUUCUGUCUCUGACCGAGAGUGAGGGCGACAAUCAGGCGGCUCCAGCACAGACGCUGCGAAUAACAAGCGCGGAAAGUGCAGCUUUCUCGUUUCGCGGCGCUUCAGAUCGCUCGAAGAAAGUUCAGUUCGACGUGUGCCCGGUCUUCGGCGACCCCCACUAUUCCCCUAUCCGGACAUGUCCGGUGGAUACGGCUCUGGCGCAGUUCGUCAAUCAACGGACAAAUAAAAUCAUUUUUACGCGUGUGCGACCGGGGCUGUACAUCUACGGACGCAUGCCCGUUCGCGUUCAGCUCGGCACCGACCCCGAAACUCAGACCAGGCGCCUGGAGGUGGUGGCGCGAGGCCGGCGAUACACCAUUGCGAAUUUCAUCAACAUGUUCGAGGACUCCGAAUUCGCGGUCAUCGACCUCGCGCACAAAAAAACGGGAGGAUCCCUGCCUUUGGAACUCUCCAGUUUGCCCGGCUCGCAGCCACUCGCGUAUGCCUCGACGGGUCCCGGCGCGGAAACUCGGCACACAAGUCCCGGGUCGGAGCUCUCAGGUGGGUGUACACCGGAGAAGCCUGGGUUUCCGGAACUUGCAGGAUUCUCCGAGAGCCAUCCACUGUACGCGUUUCGCGGCUUUGACGAAGAGUUUUACCGGCGUUCUCCGUCCCUGUCAACGGCCUCGUCGCUGCUCGCGCUCAGGAGUGAGGCAGAAGCUCGACAGUUUUCUCGGCUUGACGGCUGCGGGCGGGGACACAGUCGUCUCCAUCAGAGAUGCCGGCACCCCCUGUCUCCGGGCGGCGAGAAGGACGCUGCAGCGAACGGUGUUUGCUCGAAAGAGGGCGUAGACUCGAGAGAGGCGCCGACGGAGUGGCAGGCCCCGCGAAGCGUUUCGAGUCGGAAGAGCAGAGCGACACAGGGAAACAGAGUUGGACUCGGAACUUCUUCCUUCGAGCCCGAGUCUGGCGCCUCUGCGAGUUUAGACACAUCCGCUUCGCGACUUGGUGGCGAAUCGGAAAGCGGCGGCUUUGCACGUUGCCCUCAAACUCUCGGGGGUUCUCCGCGCCCUCGGAGAGUCGCGGUUUCUGCGACGACGGUGAGCGAAACUUCGAGAGAAGGUGGGCGAGUCCGGCGGGGCAAGCGCCAGGCCGCUGAGGGUUCGAAGACGAGUUUCACCUCUGAAGGGCGGCUUCACGGUCGACCCGCGAGGCCUGGGAAUGCGCGGGCCAAGAAAGGCCCUGCAAGUCAAAGCGUGGGACGAAAAGCCCCGCGAGCGUCGGCCGGAGUUCGCACUGUGAAACCUAGGACUCUGGCCUCGGGAGGCCGGCAAUCGGCGCCAAACAAAAGUUCCGACGCAGACCGCAUGUCGCCGGCUUCUGUCCUUCCUGGAAGUGGAACUCUGGGCUCAGACUGUGGGGGAAAUGUUGCGAAAAACGCACAGAGUGUCUGCAGGGCUUCGGUCUUGAAGAAAAAGGGGGCACGGAACGUCCCGCAGGUGCUUGAAGUUCACUGGGGAACUCUCGGGCUCUCCCCUGCAAUCGGGAAGGCCGAGGAAAGAAGCGCCACAGGUGGAGUCAAGCAUUUGCGGAUUCUGUCUCCGGAAACGUCGCCUGUGGCUCUGCACAAGUCGAGCAGUCGACAGAAAUCUUUGCUUUCGCAUGCAGUGACGGAGGAGGCGUAUUCAGAGGUCACGGCUUUGCCGAGUCCACACGCCUCAGAGCCGACUCCCGCCGGAGCUCGCGGUUCUGCCCAAGUAAAAGGUACAAAACAUCUCCAGACGUCCCCCCUGUCUUGUGAACCAGCGGAUCAGCGUAGUUUCACCCUAAACGACACGGACUCAGCAUCGCACAGCGAUCUCGUGCGGCUGAGAAGCGCUGCCUUUCCAGUUGUGCAACCUCCAGCGGAAAGUACUUCCGAACCCUCGAAUAAGUUCCCUUUUUCGUCCCCAGUCCGAGACACAGCUAAGCGUCGGACCCUUUCUCAGGAAAAGCCCCCGUUUUUUUCGACUUCGUCCAGCUCUCCAGAUCCACCUUUAGACGCUUUUCCGCACACUGAAAAUGUACCACACGCCCCCCGCAGUGCAGACGCCGUCCAGCUAUCUCGUAGGAGGAUGCAGAGCACGUUGUGGCCGGUGCCGAGCAGCGCCGCGAGGAUUUCUUCAACGACCUUUCUUGACUUUCGAGAUUCGGGGAAAAUGUAAAAUUUCGCUGCUCUCUUGCAGCCACAGGACGCAUCCGAGUGGUAAUACCCUGUCGGCGUGAGCGGGCGGGUGGGCGACACAGUGGCGUGUGUGGGAGGCUUCUCUGGGUAAAACGCCAAGCAAGGAACGUGGCUGAGAUUCUGCUGUUUUCUUGAAAGCGCCCUAUGCAAAGAGUCCUGUCUCCAAGUUGUGUUUAUUCCCUGUCCGAUGAUCUGGUGAAGGGGACGGGCAGCUGCGGUGCGCCAACGUUGGAGCGUUGACGAUCCGCGGAGUACACAGAGUUUUGUAUGAGGGGUCGUCGGUUGUCGAGAUUCUUGUGAGGAUAUGAAGUACACGUUCCGACCUUAAUGAGGGUUACCUGCGUUUCCUAGUGGGAUGGCAGGAGCAAACGCGCGAUGGAAGAGAAAAUAUCUGUGUGGGCGCCUUCCGGACAGCAGUUGCAGCGGAGGGGACAACGUCAGAUUUCCGAAGAAGCGUACGCCUGUGUUUUUCGUCGUUUGAUGACGUCGCUUUGGCCGGGAAACGACGUGGAACUUGAUGGAGUCAGUUGGGGAGAAGCUCGCGGCCGGGAUGCCAAGACACUUGGUCGUUAAAACGUUUGAAAUCUAAGAGCCACCGAAUGCGCUAACAACCUUGAGUUGGCUUACAACCACGUAGGCCAUCAGCAACUUGUGCAGCGGACGAUGAAAACCUCUCAACUCUUGAAACGGAAGC